AUGGCCUGCGCAGUUCCCCUUACCUUUUACGGGUUUUCGGUGCCCAGAACUACUUCUGUUCAGGAAGCACACGAAAGACAAUUAGCUGGUAGCAGGCCUUCGGCCAUGGUUAUGAGAAGCAUGAAUCCCUCAGGGCCCAAGUACUCUGACAGGGUUGUAUUAACAGUAACCGGUCAUUGUUUUAGUACCAAGGCACUCUCAAGAACGAAUCAUCAUCAACCCACCGUAUUUCAAUUUAGUGGAAGGUUCACUACUCAUGUUGUAAUGACUGGUAUUUGGGUAGGACCAGACAAUGAAGAUGGAUGGGGUUUUGUACAAGCAUUUGUGCAUCAGACAUAG